UCCGACCGAGCCUGGUGUACUGUUGGGUGAAAAUAUUUAUUUUUAUUUCUCAAAAUGGCAGAAGGUGAAUCGAAAGAGAAAACACCAUAUGUUAACGAAACAUUGCCGGAGCGAUUUUGCGACUGCUGGGAAAGUGAGGACGAGGAUGAGCCGGGCGACCCAGACUGUGGCUGUGGUGAGGAACGCGAAGUUGUUGAUUGGCGCUGGAAAUUGCCGCGAAAGUCUCCCAGGUGGGCUGACUUGUUCGAAGAUCAGAAGCUUGUCGUGUUCCAUCCCUUGUUCAGUUCUGGAUCUGCUACCGUCAGGGGAAAUAUUGUGUUAAAGCGCAAUUUUAACUAUUACUGGGAAGUGAAGAUGAUGACCCAUCCUUAUGGGACAGAUGUAAUGGUGGGUGUUGGUACCCGAAAUGUUCCAGAGUCUGUCCGUGACUACACAUCCUGUAUUGGGAAUAGUCAUGAUUCUUAUGGCCUGUCAUACACAGGAGCCAUUUGCCAGAACAAAGAAAUAGUUGAUGAUUGCCCUGGAUUUUGCAAGGGUACUAUUAUAGGAGUCAUGGUGGACAUGUUUCGUGGCACUUUAGAGUUUUAUCUCAACCGUGAGCCACAGGGGCUUACAUUCACUGAUCUGCUUCGUCAUAAGACAUUGUACCCCAUGGUGAGCUCAACAGCUGCAUUGUCAGCCUUAAGACUGACAUAUGCUUCAUCUUGGGAGUCCUCCCUGUUGGUCAACGCUGCAAGGAUGCUUGCUACUUCCGAGUCAGGAUUGAAGUUUUUGGAGAACAUGCCACCAGGUCUAGUUUCAACUAUGGAUGAACACUUCUGGAUUGUAAUGCAGAGCGCUGGCAAAGUGGAGCCCCGCCCAGUCCGAAAGCGGGUCAGGGAUCGUAGAAGAUUCUAGGAUCCGCCCACAAAUGGCGUUGUUCCGGUUAUGCCAAUAACGCCAUUUGUGAUCAGUGAGAAAUUGAAACUUAUCCAUGAUAACAACAAAACCGGAGUAAGUCCCACAAUGUAUGAAAACAUGGUUUUGCACGAAGUGCUAGGGCUAGGAAACUUAUUUCCUGCCUGAAGAAUCACAGUGGUGGCUGGGGUAGUGUUGUGUUGUGAUCUUCAGUGAUAGCCAAUUGGAAAGGAAAGACUGUUUAGUAGAUAUUAAAUACAUGACUGUCUAUUUAUUAAAUUUAUCUUUAUGAUGGAAGCAAAAGUAGCUCAAUGGUUUCAUUAAAAAUAAUGUACCAUUGCCUUACUGGAGGUGACCUCUCCCUUUACAUGUUUUUUGAAUUGGGGAGGUGGAGGUCUGCUAGUUGUGUGCAAAUUAUCUAGUUAUACUUCCUUUCAAAGGCAUUAUUGUAACAUCUUUGCAUUCAGCUAGUAGUCUAGAUUUUUUUAAAAGUAUUGGUGUCUAUAUUAAUACUCUCAGUAAUUAAUCUUCCUAUACUGAUUUUUAUCAAUUAUAUCAGUACUAUGUAAUGAUAUUUCAAAGCCUAUAAUAAUUGAUAUAUGUUCAAAUCUGGCCUGUUCAACUUAUUGAUGAGUUGAACUGGAAUCUUGGUACUUAAUGGGUUUUUAUAUCAAAGACCCUUAAUGCUAAUGUUUGUACUUAAUCAAGUUAUAUUUAAUGAGGAAAAUAUAGUCAAGAUGUUUUAGUCAGGUGAUAUACUUACGAUUGAGAAUACUAAGAAUAAUGAUUGUACUCAUCACAUGCUAAUUGUUAGCUUCUAGUUUUCAAAUAAUUCAAUACACAUAAUCAAUGUCUAAUUUAAUGUUAUUGCGAAUAAGGCUAAUUAUGUACCUAUUGGAUUUUUAGUGUAAGAUUCAACUAAUUUAUGCAAUGUUUGUUACCAUUAGGGAACACAUUUGGAGUUACUCAAAAUAUAUCAAAUUGAAACAAGACAAAAGAUUGCCCGGGCAGAGGACAUGCUGGAAUUUUAUGAUAUUAUAUUAUUAAAUUACAUUAGUAUAAUUACCUAUGUGUAGCUAUUAGGGAAACACUUUUUCUUAUCUACAGAGAAAUGUAUUGGCAUUCCUCAAAAUAUUAAUCAAUUGUUGUGUAAGCUGCCAUUAGGGCAUGCAGUUAUAUAUUCAUAGGUGUAAUUCUGAUGAUGGAAAUGGAUUGAAUUGUGAGGAAUAAUGGCAUAAGAAUGUGUUCCCACUUUCCCAGUGUGGUGGACAGAAGGUAUGGGAUGGUAACUUCAACUUGUAUGAAGAUUGUUAAGGCUGGUUUAUUAAAUAUUACAUUUCAAUUGGUGUUGUACUCAAUGUAGUAGUUCAUCAAUGUAAUUAUGUAGAUGUAGGCAAUAGCCCAAUGUCUGAUUUGGUUGCCUAAAGUUGCCUGAUCCAUUGACCUAUUGCAACAAACCUAAGCAGGUUUGCG